AUUUUACUCUACCCUUUUGCGUUUUUUUUACUUCACACCCCUUUUUUUUUUUUCCUAUCAGAUUCUAUGACUACAUUUUAAAGCUGAGUUUCCGUCUUUUUUGUUUUUUUAUGAAUCAUCCGGGAUACUACGGAUAAUGUACACGCGGGGUAAGAUAAAAUUGAGGCUUGACCAAUUUCCCUUUAUAAACAUUACGACCACGUUUUAUCAUUUUCCUAUAUAAUAUUCUGGCCUCUGUCGCUUUUAUUCAAAUCUCCAUAUCUUCUUCUCUCCUCUCUCACAAUGUCUAUUCUUGGAAAUCUGCCAUUUUUCUGUCUCUUCUCAUCACAAUCUAAACCAGAUCGUAUCCGCAAGAGUAUUGGUCCCAUUUCAAGUGUACUUAAGCGACAACCAUUUUCUACGACAAAUCAACGUGCUCUUCCUAAGUCAUCAGGAUACUACCAAUAUAAGCAAGAUAAUACUGCUGGUGCAAGCAAUAGUUAUAAAGCAGGUCCUGAAGUAGUGACAGAGAAUUCAAUUCUCAGUAAUUUUCCAAGACCCAAUUUGAUGCCAACCCUCAAUUUUUCAUUGUUUGGGUAUCCAUCACCUACAGAUGACGGUACUGGCAGACGAUCAGGCACCACGACUUGUAAUAAUUGCACUGGUCCUCAUUCUACUGAUUUCUGUCCCUGUUAAACAGAGAGAAAGAGAGCGGCAGCAAACUCUCAAUGUAAAUCCUCAUCCAUUAUAAACAUAUACAUAUUCCACUGAUCAGCUGGCUUGGCCUCCCUUUUUUUUCUUCUUCCUCAUAUAACAUUAUCCCACUUGUUCUUUUUUUCUUUAUAUACUCAUUAAUAAAACUCAUGCUAUUUCCAAAUUUAAAAAGAAA